CGGCGGUUGUGGGGCGCUGGGGGGCCCCUAUGGGUGCUAUGGGGCUGGAGGACCUUGGUGAUUACAUCAUCAAGGAGAAGACCGUUCUGCUCCAGAAGAAGGACAACGAAGGCUUCGGCUUUGUCCUGCGUGGGGCCAAGGCGCAGACGCCCAUCGAGGAGUUCACGCCGACGCCGGCGUUCCCGGCGCUGCAGUACCUGGAAUCCGUGGAUGAGGGCGGCGUGGCCUGGAGAGCCGGGCUGCGCAUGGGGGACUUCCUCAUCGAGGUGAACGGGCAGAACGUGGUCAAGGUCGGGCACCGCCAGGUCGUGUCCAUGAUCCGGCAGGGCGGGAACAGCCUCGUGCUCAAGGUUGUCAUGGUGACGCGGCACCCGGAGCCCGAGGGGCCCCGGCGCAGGGCUGCCCCCCCCCAGCCUCGGCGCCUCCCGGCCCCGGCCAUUUCCCUGCGCUCCAAAUCCAUGACCUCGGAGCUGGAGGAGAUGGUCUCCCCAUGGAAGAAGCGCACUGAGUACGACGCCUCGGUGGCCACGGAGAAGAAGCGGACAGUCUAUCAGAUGGCGCUCAACAAGCUGGACGAGAUCCUGGCCGCGGCCCAGCAGAGCAUCAGCGUGGGGGAGGGGCCGGGAGCGCCCCUCCCCCCCCUGGGCAAGGCCCGGCCCAAGGGCUUCUAUGGGGCUGAGGCCACCUUCGAUGCCCCCCGCCUGCCCCCGGGGGGGUUCGACCGCGGGUUCCUGCCGCCCCCCCCCCACGGGCUCGUCCUGCGACAGAAAUCCAUAGGCGCCCCAGAGGAGGAGCGCCCGUUCCUGGCCCCCCCCAGCGGCCGCUUCAGCCGCAGCCUCUCGGUCCCGGGCUCGGAGGAGAUCCCUCCCCCCCCCACCACGUCCCCCCCGGAGCCCCCGUACAGCAGCGCCGCCCCUCCCCCCGCCUCCACCCCCCGCGGGGUGGGGGUUGGGGUGGGGGUCACCCCCCCUUGGCGCCUUUAUAACUUAGGGGGGGGAGGGGAGAGGGAAAGGGGGGGAGGGGGCCCCCCGAAACCUUUGCGGAGGAAAGGGCCCUUGGUGAAACAAACCAAGGUGGAGGAAGGGGGGGUGGGGGUGGGGGUGGGGGUGGGGGUGGGGGGGGGAGGGGCGGACUCCAUCUCCAUCCCCACCAUCGUGGUGAAGGCGCCGUCCACGAGCAGCAGCGGGCGCAGCAGCCGCGGGAGCAGCGUGGAGGCGGAAGCGGGGGGAGGGGCGGGCCUGGAAGGGGGAGGGGCGGCGGGGAAAGCCCCGGUGGGGGUGGGGGGAGGGGUUGUGGGGAUUGGCGGGAUGGGAGGGGGAGGGGUUGGGUCUCCAUCCCGCCCCUCCCCCCCCGCCAUGGACUUCACGUCGCAGUUCGGGGCCGCGCUGGUGGGGGCGGGGCGGCGGCGCUCCGCGCUCUUCCUCUCCACCGAGGAGGACGAUGAGGAUGGAGGAAGAGCCGCCAUAACCGGAAGUGUGACCGGCUUAACUUCCGCUUCCGGUCCUCCGCGCCUGCGCCAUUCCAAGAGCAUCGACGAAGGGAUGUUCGCGGCCGACCCCGGUUACCGGGGGGCGGCCAAAGGGGGAGGCCUCGGAGCCGGCAGCGCCUUCAGCAGCGUGGCCGCUGCUUCCUCGUCCUCUUCUUCCUCCUCCGGACCGGCUCCGAGGCCCAAAGCCAUGGCGGCGGCGGCGGCGGCGUUGCAGGCCGGGCUCGCGGCCUUGCAAGCGGGCUUAGGGCCGCUGCCGCCGGGCGCCGUGGGGCUGAGGCCGGGCGCGGUGGGGCUGAGGCCGAGCGCGGCGGGCGACAUGACGUCCUUAGCGACCGACAUGACGUCCUUAGCCACCGACAUGACGUCCUUAGCGACCGACAUGGCGCCCAACAUGGCGCCCUUAGCGACCGACAUGGCGUCCCUAGCAACCAACAUGGCGCCCGCCCUGCCGCCCUUAGCAACGCCGUCGCCCUUAGCAACGGCCAAGAUGGCGGCGCUCGGGCCUACCGCGCUUUGGGGCUCCCCAGCGGAGCCCCGCGUGCGCUUCGCCGAAGCCGGCGCCUUGCUGGCCCUGCCGCCGCCGGCUCCCUCGGUGGAGGACGGCGACGAGGAGCUGCUGCUGGCCGAGCCGCUGCCGCCGCCGCUCGAGUUCGCCAACAGCUUCGAAGCCCCGCUUCCUUCCUCAUCCUCCUCCUCCGUCGUCGUCGCCGGCACCGCCAUCGGGGACUCCACGGCCUCCAGCCUCACGUCGUACGACAGCGAAGUGGCCACCAUCACCCAAGGCGGGCCCGAAGGGAGGCGAGGAGGUCUCGGGGCUCACCCCGACGGCCUGGACGCCGUCACCGAUUCGGGUAUCGAAGAGGUCGACAGCCGAAGCAGCAGCGAUCACCCCCCGGAGGCGAUGAGCGGGGCCGCCUCCUCUUCCUCCUCAUCGCUCCCGGACCCCCCCCCUCCCUCGCAACCCUCCAAGCCCCCCCCUUCCUCCUCCAUCUCCCCUUCCUCCAUCCUCUUCCCCAACUGGCCCCCGGCCCCUAAAUCCCCUUUAAGCGGGGUCGGGGUAGACCUGGACAUCCGCCCCCCGCUUCGCCGCGCCCCGAGCCCGGCCACGCUGCCCAGCGAGCGCCGGGGCAGCCCCGCUCCGCGCCCGGCCUCGCUGCCCACGUUACCGGCGGCUCCGCUCUACGCCGGCUUCCUGGAGCUGCGGGGGGGGCCCUUCGGGGACGGGGCCAGCGCUAGGUCCUUGUCCCCAACGAGGCCUCCGCCUCCCCCCCCCGAUAAACCCUUCGGAGCGAAGCCAUUGGCUUUCUGGAGCAAGUUCGACGUGGCCGAUUGGUUGGAAUACCUGAACCUGGGCGAGCACCGAGCGCGGUUCUUGCACAACGAGAUCGACGGCUCCCAUCUGCCCUCGUUGACCAAGGAGGAUUACAUCGACCUGGGGGUGACGCGCGUCGGGCACCGCAUGAACAUCGACCGGGCCCUCAAGGUCUUCCUGGAGAGGUGAGGGCAGAGCGGAGCGGGG